AUGUCCGAGGAUUUGAUUAUGGAGCUUCAGUCUCGUAUGCUGGUCUUAAAACAAAUGGAAUUAGCUCGAUUUGGAGAAGAAAUGAAAUGGAUAAAGGCAGAAGAAAUUGGAGAAAAGGGUAGGUUGGAACUGAUUAAAAUUAUACGUACAGUAUUUGAAGAAGAAGUACUUAAGUGUAAUAGCGAGCAGCUUGACAGUCUAUUGGGGAAAAUACAAACUAUUUUAGAUAGCAAAGCAAUGAGUCAAAAUGAGGAAAGUGUGAAGGCAAAAGAGAAGAGUGAACAGGAACUGGAACAGCUCAAAACACAGUAUGAAAAGUUACUAGUAGAGCAGGAAAACUCAAAGAUCAAAUAA